ACUAGCGAUAAAGAAUUGCGAAAUAAAUGGAAUGUACAAUGAGUGUCUGAAACAGCAUCUACAUCCUGCUGUAUAAAAACAGGAAGAGAAAACUCCAGAAUCAACACAGGUUCCUAAAUACAGGGAGAAAUGAACACAGCUGCAUUUCUGUUGGUUUCGCUGUGCUGCUGCUGCUGGCUGUCUGCGGCUCAACAAGAGACCAAAAAGACUGAAAAUGAAGGUAAAGAAUGCCAGACAUCACAAGGCUCGUGCUACCCUGACUUGUGCAAGCUGCUGAAAGACUUCGGUGUCAUGGAGGCGAAACUGCGAACCACGGUGGAAAAACUGGGAGUCAUGGAAACCCAGCUCAAAGUUAACGAGAAUCAACUUGAGGAACUGAAAAAUAACGAGAGGAGGAAGGUGAUCUUUUCGGCUGCCCUGGGCGGGAAUGGGCACAUCGGGCCAAUCGACCAUGACACUACCCUGAUCUUCAAAAAUGUCAUCACUAACAUUGGCAGUGCCUACAAUCCAAGUACAGGGGUAUUUGCUGCCCCUAUUGCAGGGGUCUACUACUUCAGUUUCUUCUACCAUGCCGGAGGAAGUCAGACUAAAUACAUUUCCUUGUUCAAGAAUGGACAGCGCAUGGUCACUUCCUCUGAUCACCAGUCUAGCGGUGAUGGAGCUGACAACGGGGCUAAUGCAGUCACUCUACAGCUGGAGGUGGGAGACCAAGUGUUCAUACGCCUAAUGGCUAACACUCACGUGUGGGACUCUGUAAACCACACCACCUUCAAUGGGUUCCUGCUCAAACAAGUGUGACGAAAUACAUUGGUAGCGCCGUCCUCUGCUUUCUACUUUUGGUGAUGUUAUUAUUGUGAACAGCUAAUCUUUCUCACAUACUGUAACUCCUGUAUCCUAAUUCAUAAUGUAAUCUAUAUAUCCAUCAUAGUGUAUUCAAUAUAACCAUCUAAUCCAUCAUCAUGUAGUCUAUAUAUCCAUCAUAGUGUAUUCAAUAUAACCAUCUAAUCCAUCAUCAUGUAGUCUAUAUAUCCAUCAUAGUGUAUUCAAUAUAACCAUCUAAUCCAUCAUCAUGUAGUCUAUAUAUCCAUCAUAGUGUAUUCAAUAUAACCAUCUAAUCCAUCAUCAUGUAGUCUAUAUAUCCAUCAUAGUGUAUUCAAUAUAACCAUCUAAUCCAUCAUCAUGUAGUCUAUAUAUCCUUUUUUGAUGUAUUCAGGCUGACAUUGUUGGUAAAAUACAUUGGUAGUCUAGCGCUGUUCUCUAUUUUGUAGGUUGAGUGAUUGCAUCUAUUAUCUUCUUUUGUUUCUGAUGUGAUUACUAUGUGUUGAUGUUGUUACACUCUUGUUUAUCACCAUUGUUGAAAAGCAAUAAAGUCUUAAAAAAAAAAGA